AUGUGGAUUGCAUUUCCUAUCAGUCGUUUUAUCGCCCUUUCCCGGGGUGAAUUGGAGGCUAAAAUGCGAUAUUUCCACGAAACAUACGGUGAAGUCGUUCGCUUUGGCCUAAACGAAGUCUCUUUCAUCACUGCCCAGGCAUGGAAAGACAUAUAUGGACAUGGCCACCGGCAAUUACUGAAGGUGCUUCAUUCAACGAGCAACCCGGCUGACAUUGUUAGCGCCAAUGAUACAGAUCAUAGCCGUCUCCGCAAGUCCUUAGCACCUGCCUUUUCUGCGAAAGGAACCAUAAUCACCAAGUAUGUGGAUCUCUUGCUAGAGAAACUGAAAGUCUUUGCCGCCUCAUCCGCCCCGGAAGUCGAUAUGGUAAAAUGGUACAACCUGACCACGUUUGACAUACUUGGAGAUCUUGCUUUCGGUGAGCCAUUUGGAGGAUUAGAAUCUUCAGAAUAUCAUUAUUGGGUAUCGACCAUCUUUCAGGCAAUCCAAGGCAUGUCCCUUGUGCAAUUUAAAGAUGCCUAUCCGCUUCCGUUUAGAAUAUUGUCCUUUUUCGUCGGUUCAAACCGUCUGAUGAAUGCACGGCAAAGGCAAAUCGAAUUCAGCCGGGCCACUGUUCAGAAACGUCUCCAGAUCAAAGGUCACAGAGAAUGCACAGACUUCAUUGGCAGUAUGUUGCGGCAACGAGGAGAAUCAGAUAAAGCGAUCACUGAGGAGGAGUUAGAAGCAAACUCCAACGUUUUGGUUAUUGCUGGCAGUGAGACGACAGCUACUUUACUUUCUGGGGUUACUUAUUGGCUGCUGCGAACGCCGCACGCCAUGGAGAAAAUCACUCGAGAAAUAAGAUCUGUUAUUAAAACCGAGCAUGACCUCACAAUAUCAAGCACCGCAAAUCUGCCAUACCUACUCGCAUGUCUCAAGGAGGCAUUGCGUAUGUAUCCGCCGGCGCCCUCUGGACAGCAGCGGAUAACGCUUGGGCCCGAGCCAACUCGAAUUUCGGGCUACAUAAUGCCCCCAAAUUCCAUCAAUAUGCUGCAUAUCGCUCACCCAUGA